UCAUAGAUCGGCUGCCGUAAAAAAAAGAACAAUUAGAUAGCUAGCUCUGACAACUACAAAGUAUUUUUUCGGUUUUUAUUGCAAGCAGUCUUUCUGUUUCUAAGAUUUUAAUAUACGUAAAAGUUAGUUGUGGCUAGCCUUUUAAUUUAAAAAAAUGAAGAGGAUGAAAUUUGCCCAUGUCGAAGGGCAUACUGACCUUACAUAUUCGGAAGAUGGCUCAAAUAUCAUAACGUGUGGUGCUGAUGGGGACUACCGAGUUUGGAAAGGAUAUGAAGAUGAUGAUCCUGAAUGUGUUCGUGUUGGAGAUGAAGCCACAGCCAUUACUUUUAAGAAUGAAAAGAUUUAUGUUGGAACAGACAUGCAUGUUCUACAAAUUUUUUCUCAUCCAGACAAUCAGACUGAUGGUAUUGUCACACGAUUUACCUCAACAAUCACUCACAUUUCAUUUAACAAAGAUGGAACCAAAGUUGCAGCUGGUUCAGGUGAUAUGACUGUUAAGGUUAAAGACCUAGCCCCUACCAGCAAGAACAAAGAAGUCGUGUUUACAGGGCACACAGCACCAAUUCUCAGUGUCAGCCUUGAUCCCAAAUCAGAGUUCUUAGCGUCGAGUAGCUGCGACGGAACUGUCCGUGUCUGGUGCCUGGCUACCAAUGAACAGGUUCAAUCUUGGCAAUGGGGUCCUAAGAGUAACGAUUUUAGCAAUUCGCCUUCGCUUUGCCGCAUCCAUUUUGAACCUACGACUGGUCGUUUCCUGGCCAUUCCAUUUUAUCAGUCAUCAACGGUCAAAAUUCUGGAGAGAAAAACUUGGAAGGAGGUUGCCGAACUUACUGACGAUCGCCUAAAGGAUAUUUCUAUAUGCUGCUGGUCUACGUGCGGCAAGUUUUUAGCAACCGCUUCAAAGGCUGGUGAUAUUCUUGUCUGGGAUAUGCAAUCAAAAGCUGUGAUCAACGCGUAUCAGCAUGAAAAGAAAACACAAAUUUGCAAUUUGGCGUGGAACCCAGCCAUGAACACCAACAAAGAGAUUGCCUUCUGUGAUUGCAGGGGUCACAUUGGCCUUUUGGACAAUGUAACCUCUCCAGAUGGCAAAACACAGCAAAAUACAAAGACUUCCAACAGUGUUACAUGUACCGGUGACGAUGAUGACGCAGAAAUAUCCAUAAGUCAGAUUAAGAAGAAUACUGGAUUUACUAUAGAUGAAGAAAAUGGCACAGACGUCUUCAUCGGAGUUCGAUCAUCUCCUAUGGAAUACGAUGUCCUGGACGAUGUAGCAUCAAAGAUUGACAGCCGACCGUCUAGUCCUUUAGCAAGUAAUUCCAGACGUCGUUACUCCCCAAGUAAAAAACAAGAACCAUUUCAACCGGGGUCAUCUCCAGCUCAUCUUCUUCACCGGUACAUGGUCUGGAACAACAUCGGAAUCGUUCGUUGUUUUGGAGAAGACGGUGAUCAGACGACCAGCAACAUUGAAGUCGAAUUCCAUGACACAUCCGUACACCACGGGCUGCACAUACCCAACACGUUGGGCCAUACCAUGGCCGCACUCUCUGCUCGGUCACUCUUCUUGGCUGGUCCGGCACUAGAAGACGGCUCUAGUAAGCUUGUCUGCGUUAAUUUUGCCGCUUGGGAUGGACAUAAAGAAUGGACGACUACAUUACCUCUCGGUGAGGAUGCUUUAGCCUUAGCUGUCGGUGACAGCUGGGUGGCCGUAGCCACUUCGAGACGAUUACUGAGACUCUUUUCAAAUUCGGGUCUCCAACGCGCUGUAAUCUCUCUACCUGGUCCCAUCAUCUGUCUCGCUGGUCACGGUCCAAAACUAUUCAUGGCUUAUCACGCUGGAAUGGGCAUGGAUGAUGAACAAUCCAUUGGUUAUGCACUCGUGAACAUUGAUAAGAAAUCUCCCAUUGGUUAUGAGUGGCUAGCCAAUCCGCAAUUGCUUCCUCUGGGUCCAGAAUGCGAGUUAUCGUGGGCUGGAUUCAGCGAUGAAGGAACACUGUCCACAAUGGACAGCAGUGGGCUCCUUCAAGUGCAACUCCGUUCGGGCAUGUGGAUGCCGUUGCUGGACACGCGACAAAACGUCAAGGGUAAAUCGGACCAUUACUUCCUCAUCGGAUUGAGCGAGCUGGAAAAAUGCGUCCGCUGCGUCUUGUGCAAAGGCGCCCGCUACCCUCCAACACUGCCGAGACCCAACAUGGCCUUGCUGGACGUGAAACUGCCUCUGUGUGACGUCAGCAAUGAAAAGACGCAGCUGGAAGAAUCGCUUAUCCAAUCAUCGCUGCAAAUGCAGUUAGCCAGUACGUUGGACCAAAUUGGAUUCGAUGUAGACGACCCUCGAGACAAAGCCGACCGCCUAUCGAAAGAAUCUUUGAUGAAGAUGUUCGCCCUGGCCUGUCAGGCUGAACGGGAAGUGCGGGCUCUGGAAGUGGCCGAUUGGAUGCACAGCGAACAAUUACUCCAGCUGGCCGUCAAAUACGCCACACGGGCUAGAAAACGACAGCUAGCUAAUAGACUUACAAGCAUGGCUGAGCAACUUGUCAGUGAGCGCGAAGCUGAGGAAACGCUAUUGCUUGAAUCAACUCGCUCUUCAUUUCUGUCUGCCCCGAAUGCUUCACAAACUUUGGAUGAAGACAGGGAUAUGUUUGCGUCGACACCUCCCAUUCUCGAAGUUGAAGAUAACCCGAUUCUACAAGCGAAACAAAGAAAAACUUCCAUUACUGCAGCGGCACCGACAGACGGCUGUAAAACGAUCCGCCCAAUGAGUCAAAACAGGAAAAAUCCUUUCGCGAAAAAGACUUCCAUCACGGAUGAUUCAUCGCCGGGAGCGACGCCUUCUCCUCGCGGCUUGGCUAUUUUUGACCAGCCAAGAGUUACACAAGCAAUGACUGGGCCAUCGAAAGAAAAUGUUAAGGCUAAAAUGACGAAGCAGCCGACGCUGUUCGGCAUGAAAAAAACGGCGAAAGAAGUUGCACCAUCGAAUCAGGAAAUCUCACCAGAAUCCCAAGAUUCUUCUCCGAUUCCAGUCCAGCAGCCCCCCAAAAGCGGUUUUAUGCUUUGGCUGGAACAAAACAAAGCUCAGCUUAAGGUUGACAAUCCUGAAUGCAACGAGGCUGAACUGGUUCGAUUGGGUGCGCAGAAAUUCAAAACUCUAUCAGAAGAGGAGCGACAGAAAUACACACGCAAGAGAAAGUCUUCCGGAAAUGCCGAACAGCCUGAUGAAACGGUUAAAAAGACGAGACCAACUUUGGCUGAAAGACUUUCGACUUUCGAAGCCUAAAAUAGCCAAAUUAAUUGUAAAUCGAGUGAAAUACCUACUUCUGGGACUUCUAUUUUUUUUUCCCCAAUGCUAUCUUACACUGUUUAAAAAAUAAAA